AUGAGCGGAUGGCUGCUCAACCUACUGGCAAACACCAAGUUCCACAUCGACAGAGCCAUAGUAGCCUUCCUCUUCUUUUCCAACCUCCUUCUCAUUAACAUUCCACUGAAAAACGUCCAGGUGAAAAAUAUCUCCUUCCAAUUCGACUUCAUAAAAAGAAUAAUCACAUUCUUCUCAAGAGGAAAAAAAAAAAGAAAGAAGGAAACACCAUGGACGAAGAAGGAGAUCCACGUCGAAUCCAUAAGCUGCACCCUCGACUGGAGAGAAUACGAAAAUCACAACUCCGACCACAACACCUAUGCGAGGUUACUACAACUAUCGCUUGAGCGGCAGUUUUUCCAUUCCAUCUGGAUUAAAUUGCUACGCCUUUUUUUGGACGCCAUUUUUAAGCACUACUUUUUACGCGUGCGGAAGCUCUGCGUGAAGAUUCGCCUCCGACAUGCACACACACAUGGGGAGCUGUGCGGGGAUGGUGGUAACUCCCACACCAGAAGGAGCACCACCUACCACUUGACUCUCUGCGACGUUUGCCUUUUUCUGGACCACUAUGGGGGGACUACAAAUGGGGGAAUUGAGGAGAGGAAACACGACGAAGCCACUCCGGACAAACGGAAGGACCAUCUGUCUUUCCCCCCCCCGAGCCACCUCCGCUGCAGAAAAAUCUCCCUGCGAAAGGAAAGCGAGCGAGAAGACACAAUCCUGGUGAAAAAUGUUUUCUUUUUUGUGAACGAGAAGAGGGUCUUUGUUUCCCUCUGUUACUUUAACGGCCAAGUGUGCGAAUUGAAGGAAAUUUUUUACAGAUGGACGAGGAAGAGGAAGCCAAGGGACCACUUUAUGAAAGACUUGAUAAAGGUCUUCCAGAGGAACAGUGUACGCCCCCCUCUGUGGAGCUUCUUCCGGAAGAGGCAGGCCAGCAUGGCUUUCUCCCUGGCAGCCCCAAUUGCGCCAAAUUUAUGGGCCAAUCUUGGCGCAGAAUUUUUUCCAAAUUUUUUCCUCUUCCUGGACACUCUUCUUGUUAAGCUCCAUUUGGGGGGCGAUACCGAGGUGUGUACCCGGGGGCGGAAGUUAUCAUUUGAGACCCCCCUGGGGGAUGCCAACCGAAGCAGAGGUACUCACCCAUGGGAGAUGUUUUCCAUAUCGAUAAAAUCCCUCCUCAUCUGGACAGAAAAAAAUGCAAUUUGCAUCAGUGAGAAGAACGCUGACAAGUUGCUUUGUGAUCUCCCCCUCGAGGAUGAUUUGGACAAAUGUCAAGACAAAUACGAUGGAAACCAUGUCGGAGCGGUGCGAUGUAAAAUCUUCCCCCUGAAUGAAAGAAGACAUAGAGAAAACUUCUUCCUUCGGGAGGGAUUAAACAGGUACCGACUCGGUCUGGAAAACUCAUGUGUAGUAAUCCACAUUGAGGAGUUACUAACCUUGCAGGGGAGGUUAACCCAUCUUUUCGGGAUAGGGUUACGAGUGGGGCAUGUUCAGGAGAUUCCCACUGAUGUGAUUGCCUCCCCAUCAGAGGACACACCCCACAGAUGCAACUUCUCAGCUGAAGCAAUCCUUAUGUCACUUCGUAGCUUCACCGUUUAUUUCAAUAGACAUAUGAGUAAAUCCCUCCUGUUAGGGAGUGCUCCACUUGGCAGACCUCGAGAGGAGAAGCUACCCUACGGCAUGUCCACCCAGGAGCGAAAUGAAGGCGUACUAAAACUGGAGGUGCGGGAAGUGAGAAAUGGUGAAGUUAGCGACGAUCGAUGUGAGAGUAACCAGGGAGGAACGUCCAACAGAGAUGCGCAGGAACAGACGCAUGUGGGAAGAACGCAUAAGGGGAAUCCUCACUUCCACCUGAACAGAGUCAUACUAAAAUGGGUGUAUUCUCAACAGGGGGUACUUUACGAGUACGCCAUAAGUGACCCCAUGGAUGUCACCUUGAAGAGAGAGAAGAAAGAGGAGAUGCAAGAAAGAGACACGGGAAAGACAAAGCAGGAGGGGGGAAGCCUCUCCUCAGUGAUCCUCGCCUAUGUAGGAAUGUCCACAUGGUACCUCCUACCAGAGCAUGUUAUCUUUUUACACGACUUGUAUACGCUGUAUUGUCAACACGGAAGGAGAAACCACUUCCCUCUGAGGAGCACAUUAAUCAGCAGGCACAAGAAAAGACGUGAUGACACCAGUGGGAGAACCAUCCACCCCAACAGUUACAUAAUUGUCUCCCUUAAAAACUGCCAAGUCCAUCUCUUCUGUAUUUCGCGCAACUUUGACGUGUUUUGGAGAGUCAGUAAAUUGGUCGGCCAUGGAGAUAUGAAGCCACCAAGGGGGGCCACCAAAGAGACUCCUCCCCUAGCCAGGAUCAGUGCGACCUGCAAUUUUGUGUACUUCCUAAAUUUCGCGUGGAAGGGGGAAUCCUCCUGGAAGCGAAGUAGGACUUAUUGCAGCCACUUGUAUCUGAGCAACGUGGGCAUCCAGAUGAGCGAACUCUCCAACCGGCUAAGUCAGGUGUGCUCCUUUAAGAGGGACAGGGUGGAUGCACACACCGUACGAUUUCGAAGGGGAAGGAGGGAAGAGCCGCGCUGUCCAAAUACCCCCUACGACGUCGUCAUCCGAGUCAGAGAUAAGAAGGUGCACGUGGAAAUGCGUAAUAUAGCGCGGGUGACUUUCUGCAGUCUUGUUAUGUACGAGCUUUACACCUCUGUACUUAGGAUGGUGAACGGAGUCUACCAGUGGGGAGGGGUGAGCGGCGAACAAUGCGGAGAGUCACCAGCAGAGUCACUCGCAAAUCCACAAGCAGAGCCAGGGGCAAAAUCAGACAGAUCGGUGCAAAUCCGGAUGAAGAAACCUCGCGGCAGGCGAAGUGUGUACCAUUUCGUGCGAAGGGGAAGAGACACCACUCCGAUAAGGGGAAGUUGCCUCGGAGAAGACUCUCCCAAGCGGUGCAACUGCCAAGACAAGGAAGAGGAACUUACAGAGGGAGAGUCAGCUAAGCAGCCCAUCCCCUUUCACCAAAACGGAAUUAAAAAAGUGAUUCAGCCCAUGCGUAAAAAGCGCAAUCUAGUGAAGUAUCAGGUACAAGUCGACAUAAAGAGCGAAGUAGCAUUCGUGUGGGCCGACCAGGUGCGCUCUCUCCAUGAGUUGAAACAAGUUACAAAUGAAGAACUGAAGAGAAGUGAACACACGUUAUGUCUGGCUGGCCGGUUGUCUCUCCUCUACUUUGAUCCCCUCCAAAGGGAGAAUAUAAAACGCUGCAACUUUCUGCAGCUGCAUUUAGAUGCACACAAAGUGAAGGUCAGGAAGAGGACCCAUUCAAACAGAACUUUUAAGCUCUUCCAUUUUGAGAAGAGAUUCUCCCCUCAGGGGAGUAGUCCCCCCAUGCCGGACGUUUUCUCCAACUCGUUUUACAAGAUUUUUCGCGCUGGAAAAGGGGGCCAUCCUUGGGGGGGCGGCGCGGGACGAUACUUCACCGUGGAAGCCACCUUAAGGAAUAUGGACGAUAUGGAGAAGAAAGUGAUGAGAGAAGCGGCAGACAAAGUGAUAGAAGAAACGGCGAACCAAAUGAUGCACCACACGGUGGACCGCCCCCAUGGGGGGUCCAGAAAGUACAACUCCGAAACGGUCAUCCGAGGAAGGGGCCUGCGGAUGAUUUACAAAACGAGCGACUUUUUCUUCUUCCUGAACAAGUACCUGCUAACCGAUGUGUGUUACCUCUUCUCGGCCAGGCGCGCCAUGGAGGAGGCGCAAAGAAGCGCGGAGGGCUGUCCCCACAGUGAAUACCUGCAAUUCCGCGAAGCAGAGGUGGCAGACCCGUUUGCCCUCCGAAACAGCAUUGCACGGAAGAGACAAGUUUGGAGCGGCGUCCCAGAAACGAAGAAGAUGCAGACACACCCCAGUGGAGAGGAGCACUACCUCGGGUACAGAGUCAGACGAAGCGAAUUGAAGAACCUCCCAGUCAGCCUCAACAAAUACGAACUUCUCCUCAACAAAGUCAUUCUGUUCGUUCCAUCCAUGACGAACAACAGGAAUUUCCUAGUUGCGCAAAAUGACGUAAUCGUAAGAAACCACAUUAAGCUCAAAAAGAGAAAAAGAGAAAAGAUCGAAAUUUUGGACAAAACAUACGUCUACUUUCUAAACAUGCAUGUGCAUUCUAUGGAUGGAUCCCUCGUCGCGAGAAAUAUCAACCUGAUGAUAAUGCACAGCAGGAGCAUUUUGUGCAGACUGCCUAUGCCAUUCACUCUUUCUGUUCAUGCCUCUGGCGUCGUGCGCAUCUCUCCCAGUAGCUACAAACUGCUUCAGGACAUCUUGUUGGAGAAUAUCUUGGGCAAUCAUUUUGAAUAUGUCCAGGGGAGGCACUACAAAGGGAGAGCUCCUCACAAUGGAAAAGAAUUACACGGAGAAGUUCCGACUAAGCACGAGGGAAGUACCAAUCGAGGACGACGAGUCAAAGAUCUGGAUGUGCGUCUGUAUCUCUUCCACUUGCACGUGGAACUCCAAAAUGACCCCUUGGACAGCAGAAUGAAUUACCUCUAUAGCAAGUUCGUAUUCGCAAGAACGGUGAGAUACUCGCGGGAGGAACAGAUCGUAACGUACGUUAAGGGGAUUGUUCCCCUCGUGAUGAACACGUUUUAUGAGUAUCCCUACGACAUUCUGAUGUGCCACAGGAAAUUAAACCCAAGAAAGUAUGCCAAAUGGCUAGCUCGUAAGAACCAGUCAGAUGUAGAACACGACAAGCAGUCAUUCAAUUCGCUCAUAAGGAUGAAGUGGAGAAAAUAUGGACGUGUAAAAAAGAGACAAAGAACAACAUUCCACCUUGUGUACAAGCGGGUUAGACGAGAUGACCUGGGUUGUCACGUAACAAACAAUGUGGAUAUCAAAAUUGAGAGGAUCUAUCUGAACACGGACGUGUUGCAGUUGUUCAAUUUGUAUACCUUCUACUUUGUGGAUGACCGGAAUGUCCAUCUCAGUAGGGUCGAAAAGGUGUUCCGCCGUCGGGGCCGCGCGAAGUUGUGCCCAAGGACGCCCUCCUCAGAUCAGCAAUUCGAUGAGGAGGAACUCCCCCAGAAGAGGCAUUCCGCUCACACGUCGCCGCCCCACCAAACGAGCAUGCGAACCCUCAAACUGGAAAGCAUAAAAAACGCUCCUCCAGAGGAACCACUAGACAGACGCAUCCUCACAGCGUACCAAAGGAUGCUAUCCAAAUUGACCCCUUCCGACUUCUCCAAUUACAACAGCAUCGUUAGAAGCAACAACGUGUACGCAGUGCGCGUACAAAUCAGGCACGCGCGCCUCAGCUUCAACUUUCUUUUUUACGAGAAUGUACUUGGUUUGAGGAGACUACCAAUCGGGGGAACGAAGCAAUCAGCAGACGGAGAGUCGCAUCCGUUCGGACUGACCUACCGGGGAAGCCUCAACUUCCGCUUGUCAUUCAAUCUGCGCAAAAGUCUCGUUCAGAAAUUUGCAAAAAAGGCCAAGUACAUAUUUUUUAACAAUCACGUGGUGGAGAAUUUUUUGCAAAAUCGCCUGAAUAGGUCAGGUGAAUUGGCAAAUUUUGUUUUACACACAGUGGAUCACAUCGGGGAUGAAAUGGAAGAACACGUGUACUUCAAAUGUAACAUAAGAAGGAAGAACUUCCUAUAUUUGACUAACCGAGGAGGGUCCUACUGCAUAAGUAGGAAUAUCAAUCUGUGUGUCAGUGCCCGGAAUGACAAGGUGAUUUAUUUUAAUCGCGAUGAGAAGAGUGUUAAAAUGGAGAGACUAAAUUACAGGGAGGUGUUUCUCGAUAAGUUGUUCGGGAGCAGUUCUCCCUUUGGGGGGGGAGACGAAAAGGCGGCACAGAAAAGAAAAAUCAUAUUCGAUGUGCAGUUGGUGGAUCAAGACGGGGUGGACAUAAGGAAAGGCAACUCGGACGGUGUGAAUGAUUCGAACGGUGUGAACGAUUCGAACGGUGCUGUUCCUGCUGACACCAGUGUGGGCGCUGGCCAGAACUCCAUUCGCAUGGAAAAACCCUGCACGAAGCCAAAGUACAUCGACGUGCAGAUAAAACAAGCCAACGUUGUGAUCAAGUUAGCAGACCUGUUCUACCUGUACAGUAAGCUACACGAGUUGCUUCAUAUAAUAAGCAGACACGAGGAGGUGAACGUGUGCCUCUUCCGAUUGAGCGAGGCAUCUUCGAAGCGAAAGAACAGACAUAAGUGCAAAAUAGGAAGAAUGAAGGUUAUGAAUUAUUCCAUCUUUAUCGUGAGGGUCAUUCUCUCCAGUUUGGAUCUUCACCUAUUCGAAAGUGUUUAUUACGGAAAAUUGAAGAAAUGCAAAAAGAGCAAAAUUUUGCAUGUACAUGUUCAGGCAAAUUACGAGUAUCUUACGUGCCACAGGAAGGAGGAGACUCUUCUGAAAAGACACGAAUCAGAUCUGUCCCUGCAGAUAGAUUUUGCAAAAAACAACAUCUAUGAGGAGUUCACUCGGGGGAUGCAACUGAAGGUUAUUUGCGUUAGGACGCGGAACCAAAGCAACCUCAUCGUAAUGUUGGACGAAAACGGAGGAGUGAAUAUUUUCCUCACGAAGAAUGCAUUUAGGAGUGUUCUCCGGCUUUAUGAGGAGUCCAACGACUGGAGGAAUUAUCGCGCCAGGGAAGUGGCCCACCGGGGUUGCAGUCCCGAUGGAGGAGCAGACCAGAUGAAGGACACCAAAAGGGUUAGUAGCCGUGUCGAAAACCGCCGCUUCGAAGCGCACAACGAGGCCAGCCUGGUGCAGUCCAGGCGAAUCCAAAGGAGCAGGAGAAAUUAUGAAAAAGAGGGGGGUAGACACAAUUGUGCAGAAGGGGAAGACAAGGCGGGUGGGUCCACCUUGGUCAGAAGAACAAGUCCGAAGCUGCGGGCCCUCCUGCGAAGAAAACACUUCAACGUCCCCCACGACGAUUACGCAGUGGUGAAUAGGACGUACGAACGAGUGGCGACUUACCGAAGCAGCGAAAUAAGUCACUCCCCGUUUGAUAGAAGCAACCCGGUGCACAUGCUCUACGUGCGACGAAUGGAAAGCUUUGUAUUCCCAUCACUGACGUCAAAGUGGAGUGCCAGAGGGGAACUUGUUCUCUCAUGUGAUCACUCCCUCUACAUCGUCUCCUCCACUGUGUGCAUCUACAAUGACACAAAUCACGACAUGCUCCUCCUGAUUAACAGCCAAAGAAUCGUCCUAUUUGCAAAGAGACACACUUACUUGAAUACACACAGAUGUGACAUAAAACGGGAUCAUUUCAUGUUGGUUCUUUUUUACAAAAAGGGCUUGUUCAUUUCGAGAAAGCUAUCUGUGAAAGAAUUUAAGAGUGCCAAUAUAGUGGGAAAGGAAAAACUGCACCAGUUUAUGGCCCAUAAGGAGUACUUUUCGUGUAGGUUAAAUCCGGAUCGCCGUAGGGGCAGCCUGCUCUGCAGCGCAUCCGUCAAGAUGGCCCCCCUGCGAAGAGUACGCCAUAGUGGCCAUUUCUUUUGCACAGAUGAGGAGAGAAAUUGUGCUAAUGGGGGAGCCGAUUCAGGCGCGCCUAGUAAGCAGCUCACUCAGGAAAUCCCCCCUAGGGACCUCACAAACCAGUACAGCUUGCACAACUGCAUGAAGAGAAAAAUCGCUAAGAUGAUUCUAAACGAGGAGUGGCCGUCCGACAACUGGAGCGGAAGUGAUGACCCAAUCCGGAGCAGCGGUGACCACCGCAUCUGGACCAACCUGACCGUUAUCCAAAAUAAGAAGACAGAGGAGAGGUCGCUAUACCUUCAUAUUGGCCUGGUGGCAAAGAUGAGAAACACCCUCCCUAUUAGGGUGCACUACAGGAGUGGAAACACCUCAUGCAGCGUAGGAGCUUUUUCAUCGAAGGAAAUUUUCUCCAGCGAGUUGGAUCUGAACGUACGUUGCAACACUGUCAGGGGCACAAAGCUGAACAUAAACUAUGACAACCGGUUAGGUUUCUCCCCCCUGGGGGAUCCAUGCGCUUGUCCCACUGGAAAGAAGAAACCACACAACAGUGUAACGGAGGAGAAACACACAAAGAGGGAAUUGUCUUCGCAAAGAAGCUCCGCGCAACUGGAAGGAUUUAACUCGGGGAAGCAACGUCAAGAGGAUGUGACUCACUACUAUGCUAAUGUUAUCAAAAGGAACAACGAAAUUGUCGUCACGUGCCACACGCUGAUUUGUCUCUACGCCGAUGAGUUGAAAAUCGUAGAGGUGAACAGGAAGAGGAUCUACUUCGUGCCUUCGUCCGGGGGGUUUAGCGGUGCAAAUAAGUUCGAUGAAAGUAGCCUCUCACCCCCCCUCACCCUUUCCCUUAAACGCCUCAACCUCUACGUCGGCAUGUACAACGAACCGGUCAGCAACAUCCACAUGGGAAGUUCCCAAAUUAGUAGCAUCCCUAUCAACAGCUUUAAAGAGGUGCAAAUAUCUGCCACAUACGGAGGGAGGGGAUGCUCAUCCCACUACGCAGUGGAGUACAGAAAGAAUGGCUCACUUGGCAGCCAUAAUCGCUACAGCAGAGUCAGCUCCCUGCUGAUUGUAUACCCUCGAUUUGUCAUGCUGAAUCGAACCAACUUCAAUGUCGUCAUGUCCUCCUCCUGCAGUAGCGAUUCCAUUGUGUACACAUUUGAGCGGAGGUCUCGAUCUGUUAUCAACCUCUUGGAGAAUGAAAAACGGAGCUUUUUCUUUCGAAUUGGGAAAUAUAACCUAAGUAACGAUUAUCUCCUUAUGAGUGGCGGAAUAGACAUCACCAAGGAAGGAUCCUACAUUUUGUGCUUCACAAACGGGGCAUCUUCGUCAACCAAUCUGAACAACUUCCCUCAAAAUGGAGAUAAAAAUCACCUGCACAAGUCAGGAAAAAGUGAAAAAAAAAAAACUCCAUUUGUUCACCUCAAAAUAAGAAUAAUACAAGGGAGUAAGUUAAAGGAGCAGAGUGGAAUCCACUGGGGAUCCAACUGCCUCUUCGUAAUUAUCUCCAAUCAUAGAACGAAGAAGAAGAAGCUGAAAAAAUAUCUCACCAGAGUUAACGCCCCCAAUGUUUUGAUGCACUCCAUGGAAAGCAAUGAAGAGAAGAACACCCUAAUGCACAUAUAUCAUUUUAUUAAAGAAGAAGAACAAGUAAAAAAAGUCUACGUGUACAAUGACAUGGACAUAGAUCUCAUCUUUGAUGUCUUCCACUUCACUGAGUUUGUACACAUGAUUAAGAAAGUGGUGGGAGAGGAGAGCAGCGCAUGUACAAGGAUUGAUGGAAAGUGUACUGCAAACCAGGACAGAAGCGAGAAAUCGUAUGGACAGAAAGGAACAGCCGAUCGUUGUACAUCCCAAGUGAGAAACAACCGGGCAAAGGAAAGCUUCUUCAAAAAUAUCUUCCUCAUCGAAAGUAGCGAUAACUCCAGUGCAGAUGAGAUGAUUGAAAGAGAACAGCAGGGGAGUUAUGACACGGCCAAGCUGACUAAGCAAGACGCUAGCUACAUUUCAAACCAUGUGAAGCAGCUGAAGACAUUUGUCCAAGUCAACCUGAGACAACUCCGACGAAUAGGAAGAAAGAGCAUACGUUUGUUCCCCCUUCGGAAGAACAAAAAUGUGAAGAACUCCUUCCUAGUGGUGUAUCCGUGGCGCCAUGCAAAGAUGUACCAAAUUGUGAAGUUUUCCCUGAAGAGGAAAAAGCAUGUGCUGAGCUUCCCGCGCGGAUAUCGAAGUGGCAACAUGGCUGAUCCCCCCCUUGUCGUCAUCCUCGAGACAUUCAUUCUGAGCAGGAAGGGGAAGGAGAAAAUCCUCGUGAAGAUCUCCCAACACGUCGAUAAUAUUGUGCACAUUCGUGGGAAGGUCAAUAUGAAUACUUUUUUCAAUCCGGGCCUAGGUACCCCCUCGAGGGAGGAGUUAACACAAGGUGGGGUCACCAACGCUGCUGCGGAGCCUUUGCCUGCUCCACACCAUCUCGAAAGAGCAACUGAAAGGGGAAGCGAUCCAUAUAGCAGGCACGCUAGUGAGCGAAUAAAUCUCCCCCAAAGGUAUGCAACUGUUGUGGGGGCCUCCGCGCAGAGGAAACGAAGGGUGAUAAGGCACCUCCAUUCUGUCAAGGGGGCAAAACACGUGGGAGAGCCCCACCUCGGAGGAACAUCCAACAGGGGAGCAUACCCAAAGAGAUUACAAAAAAGGGAAGAUAAGGAAGCACUCCAAAGGAUCAGAACCGAAGAAGGGAGAAAUGCCCCUCCCACGUAUUGCCACUUUAAGAAUAAAAACGUCACCCUCGUUGAGAGCAGGAACAGAUAUAAGUUCAUUUUCACCAACAGGGGGAAGGAGACACCGGAGGAUAGUCUACACCUCUAUGUGAGCAUCGCGAAGGCCAUCCGAAUAAAUGUCUUUUCGACCAUCUUGGUGGAGGGACAUGGAGAGGGGAAGUCAUCUCUGGGGAGCGGCCAGAAGGGGAAGGGAACAAUGGGAGGAAUAUCGAAUGAUGGGAGACUACACAUCAUGGCUGACUCCUCUCAGAGGGAGCUGUUUAAAAAAAAAAAAAACUCUCAUCUGUGCACCCUCAUGUUGAGAGAGACAAACAUGUUGGUGGGGUUGCACAAAGAGAAGCCGAACGUAAUUCUCUUCUCCCUUGGAGAUGCCAUCAUCAUAGAAUUCGCAUCCGCCGACAUGAAGAGAGUACUUUGCAGGUAUGACGUGAAGGGGGGUCUACCCAGUGGAGAGCGAGACACAAACCUGGCGAGGGGUGACAGGGUCCAUACGGAGCACCUAAGUAGUAACAACUGUUUGGCACGCCUACACAUGGAGUACCAAAUUUGCUCCAACGAGUGGAACAUUAAGAAGUUGGAGUUAGCCAUUUUGCCUGUACAUGUUCAGGUAACUUUAGACGUAGUGGAAAACUUUGCUUAUUGCUAUGAGAAGUUCUGGAAGGGAGAAACACAGAGGAGAAGCAGGAGAAAUAUCGCAAAGGAUGCCUUCCAGUUUUAUUUUCCCACCACGUGUAGGAAGGUUUCUGGAGAGACUGUCCCACCGCUGGGUUUACUGACCCAUGUGGGUCUUCCUCGUAGCCUAAACGGAGGCGCCGACCUGAACAGGGCCAUCAAUCACACCUCCAUUUACCGUAGCGCCCUGGAGGGAAAAAAGAAAAAACUCAAAGUAGGAAGCUUUCAAAUUUCCAAUUUGAGCAUCCAUUUGUCCUUCCACAAGGAAAAUACCUGCAGCAUAUAUCAAUAUAAAAGUAAAGGGCCGUGCAAGUUAGCAGCUCGUUUGAGUUAUCUGAAUGACCUGGAGGAUGCCGAUGUGACGAUUAGUCCUCUCUGCCUAACUAGGGUCAGCGAAAAGGACCCGCGAGAUUUUCUUAACUACCUCUUCGACUUCUACAUCAAGGAGCUCUACAAGGGCCUCUUCUUCUACCUCACGAGGAUGAAUCUGCUGAACAAGUAUAUAAAUAACUACUACAGUUUUUUUCACGUGCUCAUGGACAGCUCCAUUUUUAACAUGGACCUCUCCGCGGGGGGUAGCGGGAUUAGCGGUGUUGCCGGGGUCAGCGAUGUGAGUGGAACCCCCCCAAAUUGCGAAAACACCCAUCCAGAGCACAUACAUAAUAGAAGCAACGGCACCGCAAGACGGCACACCAGUCUGACGGGCGCGUGUCUCAGAGGAAGGGGACAGGACAAUUCGCACUUCCAACUAGAACACCACAGAGACGUCCACAGCGACUCUAGCUUUUACGUCAGAACAAAGAAGAGGGAAGUUCUAAAAAAACUAAAUAAACACCUAUUCUACCUAAAGAAUGAUAGGAGGAUGUCCCUGUUUGAAGAAAAUGCAGAGAGAAACUGCAUCGCUGUGGAGAGUACCUACAGAGAGAGCGAAGAACACAAAAGUGCUGAGGUGGCACAAUCGGACAACUUCAGCCUACUUAACAACACGCUGAAGACGCUGGGGAAGGACAUCAUGUCCAGCAUUAACUAUUACCUGUAUGAUGGGGCUACCCCUGGAGCGGUUACUCCCAGCGGGGCGGGAGUCGAACAGGGGAAAUCACAUCAGGCAGACGGGGCAACCUUCUUUAAAACUGAAAAGAUGCACAUACUGAAGCACUUUUUGGAGAACCGGCCGGAGCCGCCAGCAGGUGCAGAGAUCACCACUAAGACGGACGAGGAGAUCCCCGCGUAUCUUUCCCUCUACCGAAGGAGCAGAAUUGUGCACGAUGAAUACGUCCCUCGGGUGUGCAGCUCAGUGGACCGCCGUUUCAUACGCAACCUAGUUGUGCUGGAUUAUCUGCACGACAAGCAGGAGCGCAACUUGCUCCUCUUCUGUGACGAAUACCUGGUGCGGUUCCACCGAAACAGCAGGACCAUCGUGCGGAAGGAGAACAUCGUCAAGAUUGAGAUAACCUGCGUCCACUUCAAUUUCACAUUCUAUCGAGACAAAAGCUUAAUUAUGAAUCUGAGAAAUAUCAUAAAGAAGAACAAAGACAAUUUCCUCGGCUUCUACUUCGACGUCCUCUUCAAGAGAGAAAAAAAAAGACUGAUACAAAGGAUAAGAAAGAAACUAAACAAAAUCGUCUACUUCCUUUAUUACAUGUUUUACUUCAUCCAUAAUUACAAUCGGAAGGUAAAACUUCUCAAAGGGAGGGGUGAUGCCCCCCCGAGGAAGAACGUCAAUUCGUUUGUCACCAUUUUCGAGGGGCAUCAGAAGGUCUUCUUUUCCCUUUCUUCCCUCGCCCAUCUGUCGCGCUUCUACUUCAACAUGCGCGGCCUGCUCUUCGACAUGUGCCAGUCGUCACCCGAGCAGCAGCGCUGA